AUGAAUUUGACUUUUUGGAACAUUAGGGGAUUGAAUAAAUCCUCUAAACAGCUCUUGGUCAAUAAAUUUUUGUUACAGUAUCAUAUUUCUUUCAUAGCUCUCCUGGAAACCAAAAUCAAAGAAUCAAAAUUACCAAAUUCUGUCAAGAGGAUUACAAAUGACUGGAAAUGGUUAUCAAAUGUCAGGAACUCCUCGAAAGCUAGGAUUCUUAUUCUGUGGGAUCCUAGAAUUCUGGAUACUCAGAUUGUAAAUAUUUCAGACCAGCAAAUUACUUGUGCAGUUAAAUCAUUUGAUGGGAGGCUGGAUUGUGUCAUCUCAUCUGUAUAUGGUUUCAAUCAGAUGGAGGGUAGAAAAGAAUUAUGGGCAGAUUUAAUUCACAUUCAGAAAUCAAUAGGAAAUGUUCCCUGGCUCAUCUGUGGGGACUUUAAUGCAAUGGCUGAUAAAGAUGAUAAGCUUGGUGGUGUAGUCCUCUCUGACUCAGAUACCAGGGACUUCAGCAAUUGCAUUGCAGACUGUCACCUAAACCACAUGAAAACACUAGGCUGUUUCUAUACCUGGAAUAACAAGCAAGAAGCAGAAACAAGAGUAUGGAGCAGACUGGAUAGAGCUCUAAUAAAUGAUCAAUGGAUUUCUGCCUAUAAUUCAAGUUAUGCAGAAUAUUUGUUACCUCAAUUUUCAGACCAUUCCCCAGGCCUGAUUUCUAUCUAUGAGGACUGUUUACAAGGGAAAAAACCAUUCAAAUUCUUCAAGAUGUGGACCAAACAUGCUGAUUAUUUGCCUACUGUUUCUGAUAUUUGGAAAACAGAUAUUCAAGGGUGUGCAAUGUACUCUGUUUACACCAAACUCAAAAAGCUGAAGGAAGCUUUGAAAAUACUAAACAAGAGACAUUUUCACAAUAUUAGUGAACAGGUUCAAAGAGCAAAAAUAGUCUUGGAAGAUACUCAGAGCAAACUUCAAAAUAACCCUCUAGACACUAUACUCAUCAGUAGAGAAAAAGAAAAUCUUUCUUCUUAUAACAAGUUGCUAGACUGUGAAGAAUCAUUCUAUCAGCAAAAAGCUAGAAUAGCUUGGAGUGUGCAUGGUGACAGAAGCACAAGAUAUUUUCAUUCUACUGUCAAAAGGAACAGACAUAACAACAAUGUGGGUGUUCUUUAUAACAGUAGAGGGGACAGGAUUACUGAUGGGGGGGAGAUUGUUACUGAGCUUAUUUCUUUCUUUACUAAUCUGUUGGGUACUUCUGUUGCUACUUCUCCCCCAGACAAGAACAUUAUCAAAUCUGGUCCUUGUCUGUCUGAAGCUCAAAUCAAGGAUUUAUCAAAACCAGUAUCUAUAGAGGAAAUUAAAGAGGCUAUCUUCUCCAUGUCUGAUAACAAAGCUCCAGGGCCUGAUGGAUACAGUGCUUCUUUCUUCAAAACAGCUUGGCCUGUCAUUGGUGAAGAUAUUUUAAAAUCUGUAAGGGAUUUCUUCAGGAAUGGUAAGUUACUGGGCUCUAUAAAUUCCACUGCUAUUACCUUGGUUCCUAAGGUUCAAUGCCCAAAAACUCCUGCUGAUUUCAGGCCUAUUGCUUGCUGUAAUUGCUUAUACAAAUUCAUUUCUAAAGUCCUAGCUAAUAGGAUAAAAUCAGUCAUAGGCUACCUAGUGGAUGAAGCACAAAGUGCCUUUAUCAAAGGCAGACAGAUCUUUAGAAAUAUAUCUCUUGCGCAUGAACUUGUUAAAAACUAUAAAAGGAAACAUAUAUCACCAAGAGUUAUGCUCAAUAUUGAUAUUAAGAAGGCUUUUGAUACGAUCAGCUGGAGCUUCCUUACUGACAUGCUAAAAGGGCCGAAUUUCCCUGAGUUGCAACAAUGUGUUAAGGAGUUUAGUGCAAUAUCAGGCCUUGUUGCAAACCCUGAAAAGAGCUCUGUGUUCUAUGGGGGUUUAGAGGUAUCUGUAAAAUCCUCUAUAGCAAAUCAUCUGGGUUUUACUGAAGGAAUUUUGCCAAUCAAAUACCUGGGGGUUCCCCUCAUUUCUAGGAGAUUAUCUUUCCUGGACUGUGAGCCUCUCUUCUCAAAAAUAACUAAUCAAUUACAGAGUUGGAUGAAAUAUAGGAACCUCUCAUAUGCGGGCAGGCUACAGAUUAUUAAAAGUGUCAUUUUGGGAAUCCAAAUCUAUUGGACAUCUGCCUAUAUACUCCCAAUAAGUGUCCUGCAUAAGAUUGAUGAAAUGUGUAGAAACUUUCUAUGGGGAAAAACAAACCAAGCUCACAAAAAGCCACCACUAGUUUUAUGGGAAAAAGUCUGUCAGGGUAAAAGCAGAGGUGGCCUGGGCAUUUUUUCUGCUGUACAUUGGAACUUUGCUUCAGCUGUUAGAACAAUUUGGUAUAUUCAUGAAAACAAAGAAUCACUUUGGAUUAAAUGGGUUCAUGAGAGCUAUCUCAAACAAGGUAAUAUCUGGCAAAUUUGUGCUAAGAGGAGUGAUUCUUGGUUAUGGAGGCAACUGUUGAAAAUGAGAGACAAAGCUAUUGUCUUUUGUGGAGGAGUUGGUAAACUGAAAGAACUCAUUAUCUCUUGCUGCCAGGGAUCAAAAAUUAAACUCUCUGCUCUAUAUGAAGCUCUUGCCCCUGCUGCCAGUAAGGUUCAGUGGUACAAAACAAUUUGGGAUGAUUUAUCUAUCCCUAAACAUUCAUUUAUCCACUGGUUAGCAGUUCAGAACAAACUGCUAACUCAAGACAGACUUAUGAAGAGAGGAAUCAUCUCUAUUAAUUCAUGUAGCCUGUGUACAGGUUCUUGCUUGGAGACUAGAGAUCAUCUAUUUUUUGAGUGCACUUUCUCAUGCAAUGUUUGGAAUCACAUUAUGGAAUGGUUGAAAUUUGAUUGGAGAUCAACGAACUGGCAGCUGCUUCAGGUCUGGUACAAUGCCAGGCUAAGGGGAAAGGGAGCAAAGCAAAGGAUUAAAAGACUAGCAUUGAAUGCUACAAUAUACAGCAUUUGGAGAGAAAGAAAUCUAAGACUUUUUCAGCAGCAAAAUAGAAAUGAAGACCAGCUGGUGAGAGUAAUAAAGAUCGAUAUAGCGACUAUCAUCCUUAACAGUACUAUUCUGAAGUAUAGAGAUGAAUAUCCCUUGAUAUUGUAA